GGCGCUGCCCUCAAUGCAUGCUGAAGUGUAGGGUCAGACCUACACGUUCCCACUGCCCAGUGGGAGCCGUAUUGGUCGUGUUGAAACGUGUAAGCCUUGACCUACACAUGAAGAUGAAGUCAUCCGUGCUCAGUGUGUUGACUAUUGUAAUGUGUGCGUUUUUCAGCACGGAAUUCAGUGUCGCCACAGAAACGAAAGAAAAUGUGACAGGGAAGCCGGGAGUUUGCCCCCCCAGGCACUGGGGGGUCGGGAUGUGCGCCGAGUUCUGCUCUGAGGACAACGACUGCCCCCACCAUGAGAAGUGCUGCUCCAACGGAUGUGGACAUCAGUGCACGGCACCGUACACAGUGAAGCCGGGAGUUUGCCCCCCCAGGCGCGUGGGGGUCUGGGCGUGCGCCGAGUUGUGCUCUGUGGACAACGACUGCCCCCACCAAGAGAAGUGCUGCUCCGACGGAUGUGGACAUCAGUGCAGGGCCCCGUACACAGGGAAGCCGGGAGUUUGCCCCCCCAGGCGCGUGGGGGUCUGGGCGUGCGCCGAGUUGUGCUCUGUGGACAACGACUGCCCCCACCAAGAGAAGUGCUGCUCCGACGGAUGUGGACAUCAGUGCAGGGCCCCGUACACAGGAUAGAGAUGCAGCAGCGGAGGUGAAAUGUUUUUUCCCACUCGCAAAUUUUUUUGUGUUCUCACAAAGCGCACCCUGCCGGGAGGUUUCUUUAAGCGUCUGCCGGCACCAGAAGGGUGUAGCCUACAUACAGUACCUACAUUUGUGCACAUUGAUUAGCAGGGGCAACAUGGAGAGAUUGAACAUAAUACAUUUAAUCUCUGAAUAAUAUCACUGUUAUGUUUGACAUUGCUGCAAAAAUGCAUGUUAUGUUACGCAUGUUUACGACAUGCCAUGUUCUCAUGUACUCUUGAUGUGAGUCGCGCAUGCUUGACUUAGUUGGUUGAAUAAAUGGAGAAGGAAGCUCCGACUAGAGCUCUAUCACAUCGCGUCUUUAUUCAUACCACAUAACACAAAGACUACAACAAUCGAAAAGCCCCAAAACAAAAGGUUUCAGUAAGACCAUAAAGAGCCCAUGCCUAUAUGGAAAACGUUUUGGGGCUCUAGUCCAUAAUGGCAACGCUAUUGAAAUUGUUCCUAAAUAAAAAAUC